AUGGGCCUCUUCAAUUGGAUCAUCACCAUAAUCGGCAAAUUCCUAGCUCUUUUCCGCCCAAAAGACAGUGAUGUCUACGGUCUCGAUCAUGCAAUUCUCAAUAUUGAACUUCCUACCCGCAUGUGGAUGAACCUGGGGUAUUGGAAGCACGAAUCAGCCCUCCCACAAGCCUGCAAAGCCCUUCUAGACCAAGUUCUCAUUACGGCAGGUUUACUCGAUGAGAAUGGUCGUCCGAUACCGCCUCAUGCAAAGAAGACGACGACUAACAUUGUCGAUGUCGGAUUCGGAUGUGGUGAUCAGUCACUGUAUUUGACUCAAUUAUCCUACUCCCCAUCAGGUGAAUCCCACGAUGGAGACACAGACAGUAGGAGUGGUAGCGGUAGCCACCGCCCCCUCUUUUCCUCCUACGUUGGAAUUACAAUUACCGAAUCCCAGGCGGAGUUUGCUCGUCAACGCAUGGCGCCAUCGAUGCAUGGAAAGCACCAUCUUGGUAACGAUGAGCGGUCUACGCCUACGCCUACACCUCCCCCUUCCAUGACUAGUUCUGCCUCUACUGGCGGUCUAGUUACACCGAAUAUUCACCUUUUCUGCGCGGAUGCCGCGAAACCCGCCACAUGGAGUGCUGAGGUGAAGCACGCGAUUCGAAACGAGGCUGGCGGUGGUAGGACUACAUCGCGAUCGUCCGCCACCACUACCACUACCAGUACCAGUACGAGUAGCAAUACCAGCAGCAACAGCAGUGGCAGUCUGAAAAAUAGAAACUCAAACCCAAGCACAGAAAGAAAUACAUACCUCCUCGCCCUGGAUACCCUAUACCACUUCCGACCCUCACGGAAACCACUCGUGGAAUAUGCAUGCUCGCACCUGCAAGCGUCGAUCAUGGCGUUUGAUCUCGUGUUAGCGGACGAUGCGUCGGUGUGGAGUAAGUUGCUGAUGCGUGUGAUUUGCUGGGUGUCUGGGACGCCGUUUUCUAAUUUCCUCACUUGGGGUGAGUAUGAGGAGAUGCUGGUGGGUGCUGGUUAUGAGCAGGAGAGCAUCACGGCGAGGGAUCUGUCCGAGCAUGUGUUUUCUGGGAUUGAGAGGUAUAUACGCAGGCAGGAUGAAAUGUUGAGGCCGUUUGGGAUGGGCGUGGGCAAGUUCAAGGGGGCUGGGAAGGUGUUUGGGUGGUGGGCUAGGAGUGGUGUUGUUAGAGGCAUGGUCAUUGUUGCGAAAAAGUAG